ACCAUCGCAAACUUUCCGCGACACCAAGGUCCGGGAAGUGAAGAUGAAAAGUGUCCGUUUUGCCCGGCUAGUGUCGUCUAUUUCCUGGUAUUUUCGGACUAGCGUUUAUAAAUAGUGCUCUUGUUUUAGUCUGGUGUGGUGUGAUCAGUGAGGAUGGUUGUGAAGCCGUCAGUCACUAUGUUACCUCAAGAUGAGCUGCCGUUGGGUCUGAAGCUACUGGCAGCAGGAACGUCAGCAUCCUUUGCAGACUUUACGACGUUCCCUCUAGACACUGCCAAUGAAAUGUUUGAUGUUACAGUCUGGUGUGGUGUGAUCAGUGAGGAUGGUUGUGAAGCCGUCAGUCACUAUGUUACCUCAAGAUGAGCUGCCGUUGGGUCUGAAGCUACUGGCAGCAGGAACGUCAGCAUCCUUUGCAGACUUUACGACGUUCCCUCUAGACACUGCCAAAGUGCGCUUACAGAUCCAAGGGGAGGCCAAGACACUGACCAACGUAGGAUCAAACAUGGUGUCCGCCGCGACUCAGACCCAGUACCGAGGGUUGUUUGGGACCAUCGCCACCAUUGUUCGCACUGAGGGGCCACUAGGCCUGUUCAACGGACUUUCGGCCGGCCUUCAGCGACAGAUGUGUUUCGCAUCUGUUCGACUUGGCCUUUACGAAACAGUCCGGGACUUUUACACUGGCUUGGCCUACGGCAACUCAAAAGAUACAGGUUUGAACCUGGUGGUGCGUAUUGCAGCAGGCAGCACGACAGGGUGUUUAGCAGUGUUGAUAGCGCAGCCGACGGACGUGGUCAAGGUUAGGUUCCAAGCCCAGUUGCGAGCGGCUGGCACAGCGGCUAGAUACACCAGUACCAUGGAGGCUUACAGAACCAUUGCGGUCACGGAGGGAGCCCGCGGACUCUGGAAAGGUACAUUUGCCAAUUGUGGGCGUAACGCGAUAGUGAACGUGUCAGAGAUUGUUUGCUACGAUAUCAUCAAAGAGACGAUCAUCAAGAACGGCCUCAUGACAGACAACGUACCUUGCCACUUCACCUCUGCCUUGGCAGCUGGUUUCUGCACGACCUUCUUCGCGUCACCUGUGGAUGUAGUCAAGACAAGGUUUAUGAACUCCAAGCCAGGCACUUACACAGGAGCCAUCAACUGUGCAGUCAGGAUGUUUAGACAAGAGGGUUUCUCAGCAUUCUACAAGGGAUUCGUGCCUUCGUUCUGCCGUCUGGUCAGUUGGAAUAUAGUGAUGUGGCUCACGUAUGAGCAGGUGAAGAAGUUUAUGAUUGAGAAGAACCAGGACUACAAGGACAGAGUCGCUCUUUUGUAUCACUGAGAUAAGGUUAUGAAUAUCAAUCACACGUGUUUACCAUAAAACAUCAAUAAUUGGAAAACUGAAUAAAUGGACAAGUAAAUGACAACUUCAGGGUUGUUUUAGAAAUUGUUGCAGCAUUGUCUAUCAUGCACUUGGUAAAAAAUAGGUUAUCAGUAUGGUUAAAAACAUCCUUAAAUCUUGUGUUAACUACCCUAGCAAAAUGUUGCAAUCAUUUUUAAAACAAUAUGAACUCAUCUGUAAUUAAGAACUUUAGAGUACAGAGUUUUAUUCACUGACGACAAAAUGUAUUUGGUUACUUUAACAUCUUAAACUUAUUUGAUUCUACUAGUUAAUAUUUAAAAUAACUGUACUUGAGGUUUUUCUGACCAAUACGUAAAUUAUUUUUGUAAGAUACACUCAUAAAUUUGCCUUCAAAGAUCAAGUAACAUUUAUUAUUCAGUAUUCAUUUAAUGAAGUAUGUUAUCCCUUUUUUACAUUGUAUUAUUUAUUAUUAAAUUAUUCAUUAUUGUAACCAUUCAAAAGGUUUUAAUCUUUUUUUUCAAAAGAAAUAUUUCAUUAUGCAUUUUCAUAAAUUCAAAAAAUAUUCCAUAACUCCAUUAUGUUUGUCUUUAUAUUAAUUUUAUUUAUUUCCAUAAUAUUUUAGGAACUACAAAAGUGUAAGGUUUGAAGUGUUUGUUGUAUAAUAUUGUAAUAGGUAAUGUGAUAACAUUUGUGAUAUAGAAAUAAGUCUUGACAAUAAGAGUAUUUUAUGUAUGCAAAUGUGUAAAAAUGUGAAUAUAUGUUGUUUUUAUUAUUAAAUGUUUAUAGAGAUUAAAUGAUUAUAUUUACUUCUCUAUUAA